AUGAAGUCAGCAAAGCAUCGGUUGACCACUACUAAGAAGUUGGCAAGUGUUCCAGAAUUAACUAAUAAAAAAGAACUACUUAACUUGCCAAUGUUGCCUGUGCCAAAGAAAAAACUCAGUCCAAAAUUAGUACAUGAUAAAAUUGAACCAAUGGUCCUAAGAUCUCCACCGAUGGGAGAAUCUGUUGUACAGUAUGCUUUGCCUAUUCCAUCGAGUAGGACAAAGGACUUAAUAGCAGAAGAUGAAACGAUCAGGAAAAUUAUCAGACAUCUGAAGAUGGUUGUUUCUAGUUUGGAAGAAACCCAUGGAUUUAACAUUGAAAAUGCACAAAAACAGUUUGUGGAGCCUGAACAGGAAGAAUUAUCUUUAUCUAUUUUGGAAUCUCUUUUUAAGUGGUUUCAGUGGCAAGUCAAUCAGAUGGAGGAGGUAAGUAAAGAUCAAACUCUUUUAGAACCAGAGCUUCCAGCAUCUGACAAAACCGUCAGCUUACAUAUUGCACAAAUAGUAAGGCGUGUACAAAAACUUGAAGAACUGAGAAGUUGCUUUAAACAGGGGUCUAAAUACUCCUUGAAAGCCGUGUUGUCUAAGCCCAUGGAUAAAGAAAAUCUAUCAAAAGAAGGGGAAGGUUAUGAAACCAUACGGCAGAAAAUUGAAGAAUUCAUAAAAACCCACUCAACCGAGGAAUCUGUAGAUGCUUCUGCAAUGGAACCACAAACUGCUCAUUCACUGACUAAUCGAUUGAAUACCAUGUUGAAAAUAUUUGAAAACCAGUCAAGUAUGUUGGACAGAGCUAUGAAUGAUCGAAGUUUGUUAGAGGCUAAAUACAAACAGAUGCAAAGUGAUUUUGAAGUAUUAUCAGAGGAGAAACUGAUGCUAGAAAUUGAACUACAAAAGUUGAAGGAUAUAGAGAAAACAAAGCCUGCACAUGAUCAAGCAAAGAAAACUGCCAAAACGGAGAAGAAAAAAGACAAAGGAAAAUCUGAGGAUUCAGAAGGGUGUGAAGUCCUGAAUGCAAAUAUAAACAGUAAUUGUAAUUACAUUCUACAUAAAGUAGCAUGUGCUCUGGAAAUUGAAAACAAAGUCCUAAAGGAACAACUGAAACAGGCUUUACAGGAAGCUGAAAGAGCUAAGCAUCAACUUGACUAUUUCCUAAAUCAAGGGAAGGAGUUACUUAAAAGUGAGGGAAAGAUCAACACAACAAUGGAAAUGAGUAACAGUCAAGGAAAAGUUAAAAGCGAAGAUUAAAAAAAUAUACCAUUGGAGAAAGAAAUAAGUAAAGCAGUAGUUUCAGAUUCAGGUGGACAAAAGGCAAAUGUUAUCAUCCCAGAACAUCCACAGAUCCUUAAGACUCAAGAUGAAUCAACUUUUUUAGAGAAUUCAGAUGAAGUUUUGGUUGCUGAAGAACUAUCCCAAAAAUCUUCAUCAGAGAUCUAUGGACAAUCAUUUACAACAGUAUCAUCAAGCAAAGAAAUUCAAGAUUCACUGUUUGUUGGAACACUGGCUCAAGAGAAUGAAAUAAUGACAUCAUCACUGACUUCACUUCCUGUUCUUACUGAAAGAAAAAAGUCUGAUGUUUCAGAAGAGAAAUUACAAAAGGAAACUAAAGAACAAACUUACCAAGCUGCAGGAGAAUUUCAAGGUAAAAAGAUUUUCUAUUUUGGAAGGUGA